AUGGCCGCAACCAAACCCCUCAAGAUUGGCCUCAUAAUCGGCACCACAAGAGUCCACCGCAUCGGCCCCGAAGUCGCCACCUUCAUCCUCGACACCCUCAACCGCACCUCCCCCACCCUUCAAAGCCCCCAAAAAACCACCAUCGACCGCAUAGACCUCAAAGACCACAACCUCCCCUUCUUCGACGAACCCAUCAUCCCGAAGGAAAUCCACUCCCUCUCCGGCUACCACAACGACCACACCCGCCUCUGGUCCCAGCGCAUCUCCUCUUGCGACGCCUUCAUCUUCCUCUCUGCGCAGCGCAACUGGUCCAUUCCGCCUGAACUCAAAAACGCCAUCGACUACCUCUACCACGAGUGGACGGGCAAACCCGCCGCGAUCUUCACGUAUGGGGGUCAUGGCGGGACGCAGUGCGCGGAGCAUUUGAGGGCUGUGUUGGGGGCUAUGGGGGUGCGGGUGUUGGAGAGGGGGGUUUGUAUGGCUUUUGAAGGGAGUGAGUUCAGGGGGAAUGCGUUAGCUGGGAGGGUCGUUGGGUUGGAUGCUGCGAGGGAGGGGGGCUUUUGGGCGGGGUAUCGGGGGGAGUUUGUAAGGGUUUUUGAGGAGCUUGUUGAGAGGGCUGGGGCGGUGAGGAGGGAGAGGGAGAAUGGGGCGGUGUUUUGA